AUGAUAUUAAUAGAUAGAUUAGUUAUUAAAAAAUUAAAAAUAAAAAAAAAUUAUAAUCUUUAUUUUUCAAGUUUAAAAAAUGUCAGUAUUUUCGAACUUGAAUAUGGACCAUCAAAUUUUCAAAUUAAUUAUAUAAAUGAUUUAUUUGAAUUUAAAAAUUUCAUAUCAAUAAAUAUUUUUUCAAGUAGUAUACCUUCAAUGAAUAAUAUAAAUAUUCUAGAAUUAGUUUUAAAUUUAUUACCAAGUUUUAAUUUAAAAUCAUUUUCCAACUUUUCAACAUUUUCAAAUGUUGAGUCUAUAAAUUUAAAUCCUACAAAUCCAUCAAUGAUUUUCCCAUUCCCAAUAGGAUUGUGUAAUCUUAAUUUUAAUAAUAGUUUGGGAAGUUUAGAAAUAAACUACCAAAUAGAUAAACCAUUAGAUUUUAUAGACCUUUCAGCAUUGGGAAAUUUAUUUUUAUUUUUAAUGCCAAAUGUGGGACCUUUAUUUAAUGUGGAUGGUGAAUUUCCUUUUAUUAAUAUGAUUAAUAGAUUUUAUAUAAGAUUUGAAUUUUCAAAUGGAAGAAUUAAUAGUUUUAAUUUUAUAAAUGCAACAACAUUGACAAUGGAAAAUAAUGGUAUGGCAGGUACGAUACCAACAGCUUUUCCUGGUGAUAGGAACAUUAAUCUAAAGGGUAAUAAGUUGGUAGGAGAAAUUGAUGAAAGUUGGUGUGGUAAUUUAUUUGAUAUUAGUGAUAACUAUAUAAGUGGUGAGCUUCCAUCAUGUUUUAAAUGUCAUUAUUUACAACCAUUAAUUAGUUCAACACUAUCUGGUAAUAGAUUUAAAAAUUUCGAUCCAAAUAAUUUAGAACCAUGUUUAGAUUUAGAAUUAAAUUUAGAAUAUAAUCAUUCUUUCAACAGAUCAUUAACAUUAUAUGGUAAAAAUCUUGGUCCAUUUGAUAAUUCAUUAAGAAUUUAUGAUAUAGAUAAUAUUGGACCUAUUACUAUUAUAGCAUGCAAAGAAUAUAAGAUUAGAAAGUUUACUUGGGUACCGGGAGAUGCACCAAAAGCAAUUAAUUUAACUUUUCCUUUUUUACCACAAGGCCCAAGAACAUUUGAAAUCUCUGCAUAUAAUGAAUUUUUACCACAUAUCGAUAGUAUAAUUAGAUAUUCAGAUUAUUUUAUUAUUAGUGGUAAAUACUUUGCAUAUAAUAAGAGUGUUAUUAAUGUUUUAAUUUCAAAUCAUUCAUGUUCAAUUAUAACAAGUAAUUUCAAUGAAAUUCAAUGUUAUCUUUCAAAUUCAAAUCAAAUAAUAAAUAGUAAUAGCAAUAAAUUAAUUGCAAGUAUUAUUCAAGUUAUGAAUGUUUCAAGUACAUUUAAUUUCACAGCGAAUCAAGCAUGUAAUGGUAAUAAUUGUCCAAUCGCAGAUUGUAAUAAAUAUGGUGAAUAUAAUUAUGAAAGUGGUGUUUGUGAUUGUUAUUCAAAUGAAUGGAGAGGCUAUUCAUGUGAAUUAAAAUCAUUAAAUUGUUUAAGUAAUGAUUGUAGCGGUAAUGGCUAUUGUAAUAGUAUCAUUGGUAAAUGUCAAUGUAAUAAAAAUAGAGCAUUCGAUGAUUGUAGUGGUAUAUUAUGCAAUGAUGGUAAUGGUUGUUUUAAUGGAGGUAAUUGUAAUUUUCAAAUUGGGGUUUGCAAUUGUUCAUCCAAAUGGAUUGAAAGUUCAGGAUGUGCAACACCCAAACAAUCAAUUGAUUCACAACAAUUAGUACAAACAAAAAACAAUCAAAUAUUAACAUUAAUUGGUUGGUUUGGUAAUAUUAAUAUAUUUUUAACAGUAUUAAUCGAUGGUAAAAUUUGUGACAUCACUUCAAAUAAUAAUGAAACCAUUCAAUGUAUUCCACCAAAUUAUCAUUGUGAUUUCAUAAAGACCUCAUCAUUAGAAUUAUCAGUUUCUCAAAAUAAUUACAUAUGGAAUGGAGUUUAUAAUCCAAUAUUUAUUAAUGGCUGUAGUAAUAGCAAUGAAGGCAGUAGUGGUAUCAAUAACAGUUAUAGUAAUAGCAAUGAAAAAGAAAAUUCAUCAUUAUCAUACAAAAAUCAAUCUUUAGUUUUAAUCCUAUCAAUUGUGUUAUCUUUAAUUUUAUUAGGUUUAUUAGGUUUAGUUUUCUUUAAAAAAUUAGUCAUAAAAAAUAAUUAUUUAAAUAUAAAUAAUAUUGAAAAUAAAAUAAGACCGAGUGAAUAUGAUAAUGAUCAACCAGAUGAAUUUUUAAAAAAUAAAAUUAAAUUAAUUGACCUUUAG